AUGCGUCUAGAAAGACAUGUUAGCCUUUUACAAAAUGAAACUCCUCCACCUCAUCAGAUCCAGGCGGAAGAUUUAGAGAAAUUUCAGAUUGAAACAGAGUACUCAAGAAUACCAGAUCCAACAUGUAAAGAACGUAUUCAAAAACAAGUAAAAAAGUGUAAUUGUAAACGAUGUUUUUAUUCAAUUGUACCAGCUGCAGAAUGGCUGCAACAUUAUAACAUUAAAAUGGAUCUUGUCUUUGAUCUGAUAGCAGGAGUCACUGUUGCGAUAUUAAAUGUGCCACAAAGUUUGGCUUAUGCAAUGUUGGCAUACGUUCCAGCACAUCUAGGAUUAUAUAUGUCCUUUUUUCCACCAUUCAUAUACUUUUUGUUCGGAACAUCAAGGCAAUGCAGUAUUGGAACAUUUGCAAUUGUAUGUUUAUUGACUGGUAAAGUUGUACUGAAACAUUCAUCUGAAACGUUUACACCCACACAAGUUGGAACAGCCUGCGCGUUAACUGUUGGAAUUUUCCAGGUAUUUAUGUAUACAUUUCAAUUAGGAUUUGUCAGCAGAUUUUUAUCACACUAUUUUAUCUCGGGAUUUGUAUCAGGUGCAGCGCUUAAUAUUUAUCUUAGUCAAAUUCCAGAAUUAUUGGGUUUAGAAUUACCAAAACGUUUUGGUAUUCCUAUAUUAAUGUCAUACAACAUAUUUGUUAAACCACGAUUAAUGAAAAAAACAAUAUUUCCAAUACCUAUCGAUUUAAUCUUUGUUAUAAUUACAAUACUUAUAUCAUAUUAUUGCGAAUUUAAAGAAAAAUUCCAUGUGAGAACUGUUGGUUUCAUUCCUGCUGGUAUUCCUGCAUUUGAAUUCCCAAACGUUAAAUUAAUGCCAGAAAUUAUUCUGGAGUCUUUUGGUAUUGCCCUAGUAUCGUACGCACUUCUGUUAUCUGUAGGAAUGCUGUUGGCUACAAAACAUUUUACUAAAAUUGAUAGCAAUCAAGAGGCUUUAGCCAUGGGUUUAACAAAUAUAUUUUCAAGUUGUUUUCACUGUAUACCAUGUGCUAUAUCGCUUAGCAGAACAUUGGUACAAGAUUCAGUUGGAGGUCGCACACAGUUAGCUUCGGUAUUUUCUGCUUUAUUUGUUUUAAUUGUAGUGCUGAAAUUGGGAACAUUUUUUGAACCCUUACCAAAGGCAACAUUAGCUGUUAUAAUUGUUGUAGCAUUGAGAAAGGCAGUUGCAGAAAUAUUUAAAAUCAGAGAAUACUGGCGUCUAAGUAAAUUAAAUUCAUUCAAUUUUAUAAUCACAUUUGCAAUUACUUUAUGCGUUGACAUUGAACUAGGAUUAUUUAUUGGUUUGGCAGUAUCCUUUGUAGUUAUUCUUUAUCAAGGCCUCAAACCGUAUACAUGUUUGUUAGGAGCAACUCCUCAUACUGAUGUAUUUUUGGAUAUACAAACCCAUAAAACGGCGAAAGAAAUUCCAAAAGUAAAAAUAUUCCAUUACGCUGGUAGCAUAAAUUUUGCACAAGGAGAAUCAUUUCAAAAUGAACUCUACACUUUAUUAGAAUGUGAUCCAAUAAAAGUAAUUAAUGCAAGAAAAAAAGAAUUACAAGAUCGUGGACUAAAAAUCACAAUUACAGAAUUAACACAGGCUGAAGAUCCAUUUGAAUUUAUGAAUCCAGAAUGUAUUGUACCAUUUCAAGUAAUUAUACUGGAUUUUUCAGCAGUAACUUACAUUGACCCAAUCGGUGUAGAACACAUAUCAAUAAUAGCUGAAAAUUUUAAAAAUUUAAAUGUUCCAAUACUGUUAGCAUGUCCGUCAGAUCCAGUGUUCGAAACUUUAAAGAAAUGUGACAAAAAUCCCGAAUAUACUAUGUACCCAACAAUCAAAGAAGCAGUGAAAUAUGGACUAACUACAAAUAUGGUCUCUACGAUAUCUUUACGGAAUUUAAAAGACCAACAAAAGUAUACUAGAAGCAAACUUGCACUAGAUGAUUUUAAUUAA